AUGGGUUCUUGGAAUGCAUUUCGCGUUAUUGGUGACCUGUUUCAUCUGAGCUCUAUAUGCGUUCUGAUAUGGGCAAUUCACAAAAAUAAGAGCGCCGAAGGCGUCUCACUCCUCACGCAGCUCCUCUAUGCGAUGGUUUUUGUUUCCCGUUACCUCGACCUGUUCUCAUCCUAUACAUGGACAGGACUGUCAACAUGGCACACCGCUUACAAUGUUUCGUUUAAGCUCUUCUAUCUGAGUUCGUCAUUCUAUCUGGUGUUCUUGAUUUUCAAAGUCUAUCCGCGAACAAGAGAGAGGGAGCGUGCCUGGAAGCUUGGCAUGUGGUCCACGAUUGGGUCCCUUGUACUCGCACCCAUUGCGAUCAUGGUUCUGGAAAGGGAAGGAUACCCUAGAAACUGGUUUAUGGAGACUUGCUGGGCUUUCUCUAUCAUCCUCGAAUCCGUGUGUGUAUUACCGCAGCUCCUUCUACUGCGCCAGACUACGGUCCCAACUGUGAUCGACUCAUAUUAUCUUGUCACUUUGGGCUCAUACAGAGCCUUCUACAUUCUCAACUGGAUUGUGCGUGUGUCGACGGAACACAAAUUCGACGAUUGGAUUGCAGUCGUGUUUGGCAUUGUACAGACCGCCUUUUACGUGGACUUUGCCUGGGUGUACUACUCACGCCAGCGCGUCAAGCUUCGCAAUGGCGGAGUUGUGGACUCCGAGGAUUACGGAAACAGCUGGCUGGUGAACCGAGUGGUGAACUUCCGGGCAUCACGACAAUCUGCAGACGAAGACCAACAUCUCCGGGACGAGGAGGAGGGAGUGGACGGCCACUUGAAUCACAAUCGAUGGGGUGCGCGUGGCAUAUCUAUUGCGGCGGACGAUACCCUGGACCAGAAUGGUCACGGUAAGGGCCAUCGCCAUCAGGACAGCUUAGACGGAUUCUCCGGAGAUGAGGAUGAGGAAACUGAUGAGCACCGCGCUAACAUCUCCCAUGAACGAUGA